UCAAAGAUCCUUUGAGUUGGGAGAGCAGAGUUUAGAAGCUGAAAGUUUUUCAGAAGCAGUGUCCUGUGCAUGUUGGGCUCAUGGAUCCUUUGUAUGUGAAGAUUGUUUGAAAGUAUCCAAGAUAAAUCAGCUGCUGUAUUUUAGGACACUUUCAGGUUAAUGAGCUAUGGCAGGCUCCCUUUCCUAUUCUAUACAAUCCACUGCUGUGAUAGCUGCAAUCAUUACAUUCCUUGUCCUCUUUACCAUUUUUGGCAACAUUCUGGUAAUCAUUGCUGUGCUCACCAGCCGCUCACUGAAGGCUCCACAGAACUUGUUCCUGGUGUCAUUGGCUGCAGCAGAUAUAUUAGUGGCUACUCUUAUUAUACCUUUCUCAUUGGCCAAUGAGCUAAUGGGGUACUGGUACUUUGGGAAGACCUGGUGUGAGAUGUACUUGGCUCUUGAUGUCCUUUUUUGCACAUCCUCCAUAGUCCACUUGUGUGCUAUCAGCUUGGACAGGUACUGGUCUGUUAGUCAAGCCAUUGAGUACAAUACCAAAAGGACCCCAAAGCGAAUAAAGUGCAUAAUCCUUAUUGUUUGGACCAUUGCAGCAUUGAUUUCUUUGCCUCCUCUUAUUUAUAAAGGCAAGAAGAAAGACUCUCCUGAUGGCAAACCCCAGUGCAAGUUGAAUGAGGAAGCUUGGUAUAUCCUUUCCUCUAGUAUUUGCUCCUUCUUUGCUCCCUGCCUCAUCAUGAUCCUGGUAUACCUGCGGAUUUAUCUCAUAGCCAAACGAAGAAGUAGAAAAAAUAGCACCAGCAGUAAAACCAAGCUAAGCACAACGGGGUUCUUUAAACACAGCAUUAGACACAGUUUAGAGAACUCUAACCCACAAGCUCAUAACUGUAAUCAUCCCCAAGACCAAGCAUUGUCUGUGCAACUUGAUGUCCAACAUGGUACUGCAGCCCAGGAGAACAAUGAUCAAAUAACAGAACCAGCCACCUCUAAGCAACAUGGAGAGAUCCUAAAGCAGAAUAAUGGCCAUGGAACCUCGAUGAUGGACACUGUUGCUACAACCAGUGGUGUAGUGUUGGCCAACAAAAUUAAAGACUCCAGUCUCACCAAGAAAAAGAGUCACAUUAAUCGGGAGAAGAGGUUCACCUUUGUUUUGGCUGUGGUAAUUGGGGUUUUUGUCCUUUGCUGGUUUCCUUUCUUUUUCACAUACAGUCUUGUUGCAAUCUGUCCUGAACUCUGCUACAUACCUGAUAGUGUCUUCCAGUUCUUCUUCUGGAUAGGUUACUGUAACAGCUCCCUCAAUCCUGUGAUAUACACCAUAUUCAACCAAGACUUCAGAAAGGCUUUCAGGAGGAUCCUAUGUGGUCACUGGUCCCAGACAAUUUGGUGACCAGCUGUGGUCAUGACUAAAAAAAUAGAACUUUAUUUAUUUGACUUGGGGUUUGUAUGAUCUAAACUCAGUGCGUGAAUGUUAAAGAAAUAGACUUAAAAAAUAUUCAACUGCUAGCUUUAUUUUGAUACUUGCAGAAUAUUUCCCUUUAACAAAUUUGCAUUGUAAUAUUCAUCUGAAAAGCCCAGCUGUAAUUUUGAAUGACAAGUACCAAAUGCUACGUAGGUAUAUGUGUGUCAACCAUUUUUUAACUCUCAACUAUGUGUAUUUUAUUAUAGUUGUAGAAAUCUGGAGGUGGUAGGAUAAAUUAAACUGCUGCUAACUCUCAUGCCUUUGUGCUGGAAACCAAUGUUGCACAGCCAGUGUCUUCGUCCCUUGCCUAGCUUUGCCCUUUAAGUUCUUAAUAAAUGCUACCUCAUUCUGAAAAAAGUUUUAAGUCCUACAAAUGGACCCUGUUUGAAUCCAACUACUCUUCUGCUAUGUAAAAACCAUACACGUCGUCUUUGCUCCUUUAAAUUUUUAUAUACUUUUUUUUUUUUUUUAAAUGAAUGUCAAAGUGAUAGGAAAGGUAAAAUUAAAAUGCUGUUCAGCAAAGGACAGCAAAAUAUUGAAGCAAAUUUGAUAAUAGAAGUAAAUUGAAACUUUAUUUUAAAAAAUUGUUUCUUCUAUCUGAAUCAUGAGAGAAAAUUGUGGGGUUUUCUGUAUCCUUGUAUUGGAAAAGGUCUUCAGAUCCAUUUAAUUUACACAAUAUCAAACCUUUCUAUAUGUAACAAUGGGUAUCUUUAUAACCUAUAUAAAAAUGUUGUUGGGUUUUUGUUUGUUUUUAAAGGAACACAACCUAAAUAUUUUUUUUUGUGAUUCAGAUAGAGCACGACAUUUUAAGCAACUUUCUAAUUUACUCCUAUUAUCAAACAUUCUUCAUUCUCUUGGUAGCUUUAUUUGAAAUGCAAGAAUGUAAAUUUAAAUGCCAGCCCAUUUUUGGUGAACAAACUUGGUUGUUCUUGCUGAUUGGUGGAUAAAUUCAUCCACCAAUAAAAAAGUGCUGUCCAGAGUUCUGAACCCUCCAAAAAAACUUUGAUGCCUUCUUUUUCAAAUAGAUAGCAAGAGAACAAAGAAUAAUUGAUAAUAAGAGUAAAUUAGAAAGUGGCUUACAAUUGCAUGUUCUAUGUGAAUCAAAGAAAAAAAUUGGGUUCAGUGUCCGUUUCAUCACACAUGCACCAUAAGAGCUAUAAGUAAAACUGCUUUAGUGUUUUGGUACUGAAUACUAUUGACACCUAGUAUACAAACCAAAUUUAUAUUUGGGUAAGUUUUGACCUAUUAUAGCCUUUCAUAUUUGGCUUUAAUGGCAUUGACAAAUGGUUGCUCUUUGCUGUUCAUGCUUCUUUGGUCUUUAGAUGAAUCUAUACUUGUUUAAUAGAGGUUUGAUAAAUUUAACAGAUCUUUAAUUAAAUGUAUUUUUGAACCUCGAAGCAAAUCAAAAUAUAAAUAAACCACACUGGUUUCAGAAUAAACUUUUGUUCUAAGUAAA